UGUCGGCGGUUUAUCUUAAUUCCCAUUACAGGAACUCUACAUUGGCCUGUUUUGUGCUGACGAGUGACGACACUGCGAAUGCACGGUUCAUUUCACGCGCUAGCUGAUUGUACGAAGGGGAAGAAAAGAACACGUUGAUCCGCGUCCAUCGCGUAGCGCGGUGCGGUAUCUCUCGUCACGGUCGAUUCUUCGUUCUCUGCAUUUCCGACGAAGGACGAAGCUCAGGGCAGUCAGAGCUGAGAGUACUCGACGCGUUUUCACGGUGCAUGCCAGCGUCGUCGUCGCCUGCCCUUGUCUCAUUUACCAAGGAACACGGCCAUGGCGUCGUCCGAUCAACAGAUCAACAUUACUUCCGAUCCAGCCGUUAACAGUGUGCAAACGGCGGAGAGUACAAAAGAAUUGGCGGAAUCGAAAAAAGAAGCUGCCAAUCAAUAUUAUUCACAAAAACAAUACAAGAAAGCAUUGGUUGGCUAUAAUGAGGUUAUUGCAUUGUGUCCUGAUAUAUCGCGUUACUAUGGCAAUAGAGCAGCAUGUUACAUGAUGCUUGGACAAUAUCGAGAUGCGUUGACAGAUACUAAAAAAUGUAUCGAACUAGAGCCAACAUUUUCUAAAGCGUAUGUAAGAAUGAUUAAAUGCUACUUGAUUUUGGGAGACAUUUUAGAAGCAGAAACCACAUUAAAGAAAUUGCUAGAAUUUGACCCCAAUAACGAAUCGAUAUCCACAGAGCAAAGAGAUAUAGCAUACGUAAAAAAGUUUAUUAACGAUGCUGAUGCUGCCUACAAUGUUAAGGAUUAUCGCAAGGUUGUGUAUUGUAUGGAUCGUUGUUGUGAUAUAAGUACGUCUGGAACACGUUUUAAAUUAACUAAAGCAGAAUGCCUAGCUCUUUUAGGGAGGUAUCAGGAAGCUCAGGAUAUUGCAAACGAUGCUUUACACAUCGAUAAACAGAACGCUGAAGCGUUAUAUAUCCGUGGAAUGUGUUUGUAUUUCCAAGAUGAUGUUGAUAGAGCUUUCACACAUUUCCAACAAGUUUUGCGACUUGCGCCAGAUCAUGCCAAAGCACUAGAAAUAUACAAGAGAGCAAAAUGUUUAAAGAAGAAAAAAGAGGAGGGUAAUGCAGCGUUUAAAAGACAACAAUAUCAAGAAGCUUAUAAUCUUUAUAAUGAAGCCUUAACUAUCGAUCCACAUAAUAUCAUGACUAAUGCUAAAUUACAUUUUAACAAAGCAACAGUUGCAGCCAAGUUAGGGAAAUUAAACGAAUCUUUAACAGAAUGUACAGAAGCUUUACAGCUCAAUGAAAACUAUUUAAAAGCUCUUCUAAAAAGAGCGAGUAUUUAUAUGGAACUCGAAGAAUAUGAAGAGGCAGUUCGUGAUCUCGAAAAGGCGUGUAAAAUGGAAAAAGUUAAUCGCGAAACAAAACGAUUACUCUCAAAAGCUAAAUUGCUAUUGAGGAAAUCUAAGAGGAAAGAUUAUUAUAAAAUUUUAGGUAUUGAUAAAAAUGCAUCUACUGAAGAUAUUAAGAAGGCUUAUAGGAAACGGGCUUUGGAUCAUCAUCCAGAUCGUCAUGCUAAUGCUAGUGAAGGAGAAAAAAGAGAACAAGAGAAAAAGUUCAAGGAAGUCGGAGAAGCUUAUGGUAUUCUUUCAGAUCCCAAGAAACGGUCUCGUUAUGAUCGCGGACAUGAUUUGGAUGAUAACGAAGGUGGUUUCCAAGAUAUAGAUCCGAAUGCAAUGUUCCAUUUCUUCUGUCAAGAUGGAGGUUUCCAAUUUCAGUUUCAUGAUGGCUUCCCCAGUAGUGGUUUUCAGUUCCAAUUUCCAGGUUAAGAAAAUUUGCGAAAACAAAUGGCAAAGCAAAAUAUGUGUAUAUGAUAUACGAAUCCGUUUUUAGUAAAUCCUGUGCAUUGAAUUUUUCAACUACGAUGCAGCGUAGUAUCAUUUGCGCUUCCUAAUUUGGAAUUGCAAGAUGUCAAGCAUUUGUUAAUCGAUUGAUAUACAUAUAUAUAUAUAUAUAUAUAUAUUUAUUUGAACAUGACAUAAAAUGUAUAUAUAACAUGUACGAUCUUAUUAUACAAUAGUACAAUGCAGUAGAUCUUCGAUUUAAUGAAUUAAUUUAAGCGAAAGAACGUUAAGGUUAACGUCGGAGUACGACAGGCAAUUUCGGAGCCUGAAACACACUUGUACCUGACGAAACCUUGUGAAUAAGAGAAGCAAACCUGCGUUAGAUUGAAAAAUUAAUUAUUGAAUAGUUUUUUAUUUUUUAAUUAAAAUUUUGAUUAAUAAACUUGUCGAGCGCGUGCGCAUUAUAAAGAUUAAUUAUUUAAAAUAUCUUUUUGAAUUAUAUAGAUAUUUAGUUUUUAAUUAUUUUGGUAUUGCUCGAUUACUGAGGCCGUUUUUAAAAGUUCGUAAAAUCGAGGGUUUACUAUAAUUUUACUGAUUGCAGUGAAGUAGGUUUGAUGUGUAAUUGACGAUAUAUUCUAUACCCUUUAUAUCCAUACGUAAUGUAUAUCUACUAGUUCUAUAUCUGUUUUUACAAAUCCGAAUUAAGGUGCAAUCGUCUCAUAUUGUAAUUGAUUUAUUAUCUAUAUACAAUAUGGAUUCUAUGUUUGUCUUGCGAUGAUACAUGCGCUUAAUACAUCGUUCCCAAGUACAAUUAAAAGUUGUAAGAAUAUAUUGUUUCCAUAAAUCCACAAUGUAUUCAUUCCACAGAUCUUUUUACAAAUAUAUAAAUUAUAAAACA